AUGCUCAGCAAAUCUUGUGCCGUCAUUAUCAACGAUAAUCACACGGAUAUCGUCGUCAACGUCUACAGCAAUCGAGUCUUCCUGGUUCUGAGUCAGUACAAGAAGCUCGGAUCGCUGGUGACCGUCGCCAAGGAGUCCGUUCUUCGCGAAUUCAACAGCGAUGUUUACAGCACCAAAGUGAUUUUCGGGAAAGAUGAACCGGAAAUUCACGCGGCCUCGAGGUACAUCGCCGGAGAAUUAAAUUUCGACAAGCCGCUGCUCGUCUCCAUUUGCUUGAAGGACUUCCAAGUCGAGACUCUUCGCGCAGUUGUCAAGGCUGUUAAGAAAAUCAAGCCCUCGUAA